GGGUCAGUACAUUUCCUAUCUUUUUCUCCAUUGUUCUAGUAAGUUCUAAAAUUAUCUGAAAAUUCCAUAUUUAGUAAACCCCAACUUUAAACUUUGACACUAUAUCCAUAACAUUCUACCACCUUCUCGACACUUUUCAAUAAUCAAUGCCACGUGAAACUCACACAACAACCAACAUUCAAGAACACCCCAGAAAUAUAUCAAACUCUUCCAUUCUCUCUCUAGAAACUUCUCUCUACACCCUAUAUAAACUCCCCCCUUCAAACUUCUAAUUCAUCAGCAAAAAUUCACUCAAGCAUUUUCACAAACACUUUGCAAUCACAUAAAAAAAAAAACAAAAAACCCACUUCAAAAAUCAACCAAAAUUCAGCUCCCAAGAAAAAGAAAGAUGGAUUUCCGCUUCACAGGCUUAGACACCCCCAUCAUCCACGCCCUCUCACAUUUCCUCGACGCAGACGACUUCACAACCCCCUCGGCAACCGACAAAUCAACCACAGGGUCAACCGCCCCAUCAAACGCCUACGUCCGUGACGCGCGUGCGAUGGCGCGAACCCCAGCUGACGUCAAGGAGUACCCAAAUUCAUACAAGUUCAUCAUCGAUAUGCCGGGGUUAAAGAGCGGAGAUAUUAAAGUUCAGGUGGAGGACGACAACGUGCUGGUGAUCAGUGGAGAGCGAAAGAGGGAAGAGGAAAAAGAUGGGGUGAAGUAUUUGAGAAUGGAGAGGAGAAUUGGGAAGUUUAUGAGGAAAUUUGUGUUGCCAGAAAAUGCAAAUAUGGAGAAGAUAAGUGCUGUUUGUCAAGAUGGUGUGUUGACUGUUUCUGUUGAGAAGUUGCCUCCUCCUGAACCUAAGAAGCCUAAGACUAUUGAGGUUAAGGUUGCUUAAUUAUGGGUUUUCUUCAUUAUCUAUGAAUAAUUAGUCUUGAUUAGUGGUGAAGUGGUGGUAAUUAGAAUGCUAAUGUUUUUUUUUUUUUUUUUGGUGAGGGUGAGAGUCGUGGUGUGUGUAGGAUUGUGUGAGCUUUUUUUCUAUGUGUGAUGUAAUGGAUGGGAAUGAUGAUGUAAUGUUGGAAUGAAAUUAUGAAAAUGAAAUUAUCUUGUUUUUUUCUUA